UAUACAAAAGCAUUGUUUUAAUUUAAUUUGACAGUGUAUUAAACAUUAUUAUUAUAUUAAGUCCAAUAUAAAUUUAUAUAAAAAUGUCGAUGCGACCCGAUGACCAUCGCCGAAAAUGGGACAAAGCUGAGUACCAAAAAUUGGCCCAAGAACGACUACUAAAUCAGGCAAAAGUUACAAAGGAGGAAGAGCCAAUUCAAAGAGAAAAUCUAAAACGCCGUGAUUAUAAAGUUGACUUAGAUAGUAAAUUAGGAAAAAGCGUAGUUAUCAACAAAAAUACUCCAACUUCACAAACUGGUGGCUACUAUUGCAAUGUAUGUGAUUGCGUUGUUAAGGAUUCGAUUAACUUUUUGGACCAUAUUAAUGGAAAAAAGCAUCAGCGUAACCUUGGCAUGUCCAUGAAAGUGGAGCGCAGUACAGUGGAUCAGGUUAAGGAACGAUUUCAAGCCAACAAGAAAAAAAUGGAAGAAAAGCAAAAAGACUAUGAACUUGAAAGAAGACUACGUGAGGCUAAAGAGGAAGAAGAUCGAUAUAAGGAACAUCGUAAGGAAAAACGAAAAGAUCGUAAGCGUAAAGCAGAUGAAGAUGAUGCGUUUAGCGGAAGUUUACCGGAUGAUAUGGCUGCCAUUAUGGGUUUCUCAGGAUUUGGGGGAUCAAAGAAAAACUCAUAAAACUGAACAAAAACAUAUUUAGUUAAAUGUAAAACAUAUUUAUUAUAUAAAAUUAAA